AUGUGGAAACUAGACUUACUAGAAGCAAAAUAUGAAGAUUUUCCACCAAGAUUCCCACAUACGAAAAAAUUACUAUUUGCAUUGAAACAUAAUAAUAAACUUAUCAAGAAACUACCUACAAAUAAAGAAGAUGCUCAAAAGGAGAUAUUAGAGUUGAAAACUCAAUUUUUUGAAAAUAAAUAUCACUCAGCGUAUAAAAAAUUAGAGAAAGAAAUAAAUAAGAUUAUUAAGCUAAAAUCGCCUCCUUCUGAUGAGUUCAAGAAGGAAGAAUUUAUAAAUCAAUUAAUUACAUCAAAAUUAAUCAAAUCCAUCACAACCACAAUUUUGCUAAACAAACAGCUAAAAUCAAAUCCUCCAGAAUACAUACCGAACAAUUUACAAGAAAUAAUAAAAGACAAAUCUAAUCCUUCAAAUCCUUCUCAAUUUUUCAUAAAAUAUUGUCAAAAAUCAAAAGAUGUAAAUAACUACUGUUCAAAUAUAUGGAAUAAUAAAAAUGUCAAAACUAUCUUACAAGAUAUUGAAUGGAGUUUUAAAAUGGUAAGGGGAAAUUUAAGCAAUCAUGAUAUAGCCGAAAGAAGUAAACAAACGGGCAAAGAAGUCAAUGAGGAUAAAGAAGAUGAAGAAGACGAAGAGAACGAAGAUACGGAGGAGGAGGAUGAAGUCGAAAGGGACGAUCAUAAAGAAGAAGAACACUCAGAGAAUGAAUCAGAUAUUGAGGAACAAUUUGAAAAAUAUGCUGCCUAUGAUAAUUUAGAAGGUGCUUCAGAUGAAGAGGAUGAAGAAAAUGGAGAAGAAUUAAACUCAAAUAUAAACUACAAUGAAGUUACUGAUGAAGAACCAUCAGAGGAAGAGGACUCUGAGGAAUCAAGCGACGAAGAACUGGAUGAUUCUGUUGAUGAUUUCUUUGAAGAAGAGCCACCUAAGAAGAAAGCUAAAAAAGACAAACAAGAAGAUAAAUAUGAAUUACCAGAAUUAGCACAAGGGUAUUAUUCAGGAGGAUCAGAUGAUGAAGAUGAAGACGUUGAUAAUGAUAAAGUAGUAAAAGAAAUAACUCAACAACGUAAAAACAGAAGAGGACAAAGAGCAAGGCAAAAAAUUUGGGCUCAAAAAUAUGGUAAAUCAGCAAAACAUAUUGUAAAAGAUAUAGAAAGAGUUAAAAGUGAAAGAGAGAAAAGACAAGAAGAAUUUGAAGAAAGACAACGUAAAAGAGAAUUAAAGGCAAAAUUAGCAUUAGAGAAACAAAAACCAACUGGUUCUAAUUCUGAACCUUUAGGUGAAAGAAAAUCAGUAACACCACAAAUACCAUUUGAAGAUAAAAAAAUUCAUCCUUCUUGGGAAGCUAAAAAACAAGCUGAAGAAAAAUUAAAAAAUGUUAAAUUUCAAGGUAAAAAAAUUACUUUUGAUUAA